CAAUAUACGCUACUUUAAAUCUUGUAUACAUUUUACUCAAAUUUUCCAAACAUAUUGUACUACAUAUUAAAAUCUACAUACGUUAUGUAUACACCUUUCUUUGUUUACUGUUUUAAAAGUGUUUUUUUACAGAAUAAAAAUCAUUGCUUUAAAUCAAUUAGGUUGUAAACAUAAUUACGUGUUACACCUAUUAGAACAUGUAGUUUUAAAUAAGAUGUAAUUCUAACGGAAUUUUAAACUAGUAAGGUUAUGUUGUGGUGAAAAUUAUUCAAAUAAUGCAACUAAAAAAAGAAGAAGUGAUAACAUGGCCAUUGAAUAAUUCUACGCAAUAACAAUACUUAUUGUGCAGAAAUGUACUUUCCCAUGGAAAAUAGUGACAGUUGAUAUGUAAAUACAAACGCCAGCAAUAUCAUGGCUUGUGCAAAAGAUGAGAAAAAAAUUGUUUUGGAAGCAACAACUGUAUUUUUGCUAAUGAAAAAAGGUUUCCCCAUAUCUCGAAAUGUAAGAGCUCAAUGGAUGUUAGAGCAUCUAGAUACUCUAAUAACUAUUCAGUGCCAUAGUUCUAAACAAAAAGAAGCAGAAGAAUUGGAAAUAGUUUCUGUAUUACCAAAAAACAAACCUGAAUCUUGGUCUCCUCAAUCAAGUCAUCAAUUUCUCUAUAAAGUGACUUCAACAACAUCAAUAAUAUUUUUGGCGCAUAAAUAUAGAAUAGUGCUGAAUCUAGACUUAAGUCCCUCUCUGGCAACUGUCGAUAUACAACAUGGUGAAAUAGUCAUAGACGAAUUAUGUGUAACGACAAAACAUUUCCUAGAGGGUAUCAUCAAACCUUUUGUCAUACCAGGAAGCAAUAGGAAAAUGCAACCAGAAAUCUAUGUAACUGUAAUAGCGCAUACACCUUUUUUCACCAGUCCGGCACAGCCAGUUUUAGUGCAAGGUUGGCUAGUGACCACAAGCAAUGUUAAUCAACUUACAAAUUUCAUAGAAUGGCAACUUAAUAUAUUAGAGGAGAAGGUUGCAUCCGUUACUGCUGUAGCCAGUCAGCAGUUGGAAAACUUACGAGCUGAAAGUGAACGUUUGGUCGGUGGACUUUUUGAGGAAAGCAGUACCUGUUUAAAUAAGAAUAACAGUAUCACAAACACUUCCAUUAUUUCUCCUGAAUCCACUUUUGUAAAUAUGCUGCGAUAUGGGAUGUUAGCGCUGACACUUCUACCGGAACACAGUUGUGCACAUAUGAUAAUUGUAUCUGAUGGUAUAAUAGGAACCACUGAUGUUCACGUGUUAGACUCUGUUAUUCAGCAGUUACGUGCAACAACUGUUGCAUGUAGUUUUUUACAUGUUGGAAGUACAUACCAUCCACAUUCUGCUGAUGGUCUAGUUCCAUAUCAAGAUCUGCUGUACUUCAUUGCCAGAGCUACUUUGGGUACUUACAUGUCCUUCAUUCCUCGUGUUACACAUUUAGAUGAUACAGAAAUGAAUACCUAUCAUAAAAAUUUUUUAUGCUGGCAACUAUACCGUGAAGUACUCUAUGAUGAUUUACCAUACUAUCCUAAGUGGCAUUCGAAAAACUCGUUAUUUUAUGAACAAAAAUCAACUCAACUUUUACAAAAGAAACAAAUUGAAGAUAAAGUCACUUGUACGUUAAGUAGUUUACUAUGUUGUCGACUUCGAGAAGGAUACUUAAUAAAACGAGCCAACGUGAGAGACGACGUGCUUGAAAUAUGUUUUGUUUUACUGUGGAAGUCAAGUGUUUCCUUAGAGUAUGCAGUAACGUGUCCUUGGUCCAUUACAAAAUCAUUGUCUGCAUCUAAUACAAUACAAUACACAAUUACUAUAGAAGCUCCGUAUGAAUUUCUUCAUGAUAUUACAUGUUUAUCGAAAAAGCCGUUGAAAUCACAGUAUCGCCAAGGUGUUGUAAACCAGUUUUGGGCUGCUCUAACGUCGUUAACAGAAAGCGAUGCUAUGCUUGCCCAUUUUAGUUGGUUUCCUGAAUUUGGCUGGACUUGGUACAGUGUGCCGGAUACAAUUAGGAGUGGCAUGCCAGUAUUUUACUCGUCAGCUUACCCGUCACCAAGCACGGUACAGCUUAGUGAUGCAGCAUGUCCACAGUUCGGACAAAUCUGGCAACCCGUGGUAUCGCUGAAUCCAUUACAAUGGGCACGUUGGAUGCACACGCAGAGAGUGACAUUAAUCUUAUCCCAUGACAGGCCAUUGCCAAAACACCUGCACCAAGCAAAUCAAAGUGGCCGUUUUCAAUGUGUUCAAAGUCGUCAGGCGGCCGCAGUCCUCUAUGCGAUGUUAAAAAAUUGGGCAACGUUUGUGCUCGUUGAAAAUCAUACAUACGUGCAAUUUAUUUAUAAAGAGACAGAGAAACCUCCAGUUUCGUUUUCAUUGAUUCGUAUUAAUUGUAAAGGUCUUUGUGUAAUCCUGAACAUUGCGUUUGCUGCUGGCACAGAAGGAGUGGUUCGACACAACGUUGUUAUCGAUCUUCUAGAUCGGUUGUCCAAACUAACUUUACCAAAUAGACCAACAGGACAAAGGGAAACACCUUCUUGUACAAUCAUACACAAAUCUCUAGAAAGAAUUUUAAUUCGAUACGAGCGAAUGCCAACUGAUUUAAAUUCAAUUGUAUUUCCUGAUGGAACUCAAACAAACACGACAAAAUCUACAAUAAUGCUUGGAGGAAUUUUGCCAACUAGUUUAUCUAGAUAUUUGUACCACAAUCGAUGGCUUUGGCAUAUAAAGCGUCCACUGGUGCAAACGAUACCGGGAAUUACGUUACCAAGAUUGAAUAUAACUGCCAUUGCGAGAAUUCUUUCUACAAUUACAAGGAUGAGACUUGCCGAAGGCUUCAGCUUCACUUAUUCAGCAGCAGGCAUUCUAAACAUGGUUCUUGAGGUGCAAAUGCAAGGUGUUGAUAAGAACGAUGGAUCUUAUCCAUGUAUUAUUCAAUAUAUUCUCUUUCCUCCACAUGUUGUAUCAAGUUCAAUAUUAGAACGUGAUAGUGUUUCAGAAGAAGAUACUGACGAAGGUACAGCUGAUGGCGAAGUAAGCAUCGAUGACUUCGAAAAUUUUGGCGAUUUUCAAAUUGUUUCUGAAAUUUGGAUUGAACCUCAGUGUGGUAUGGUGCAACUACCUAUACAGCCUGCAGCCAGUUAUAUGCAUCGCCUGCCGUAUUAUGAACUACCAGAUGCGAUUGCUCAAGUAGAUGAAGGAUGCAUCAACGCAUUGCUAACUUUAGAAUACUUGAGUUUAUUGUGUCAAAUAGUACCAAAUGAGAAAAGCAGCGAAAUUAUAUAUGGCCAAGUGCAUCAAGACAUUAAAUUAUCGAAGAGAAAUGUUAGAAAUAUCAAGAAUAAUGAAUGCAGUGCUGAAGAAUUGUAUCAAGGUCUACCAAUCGCUGAUGAAAAGAUACAUCCAAUGCAUUUCUUUUUCGAUGCAUUAAAUAUUUUACCAAAAUGUCAGCAGGCUGAAUUACUAUUUUCCAUGUUUGCUAAUGGUUCAACUGCCAAGAAUGAAAGUCAAGGACGUGCAAAUAAGAUCUUAAUGGACAAUGUUUUGGAACACGUAAAACAGUUACACAAUAAAGAACUUCUCUUAACGUCUGCAGAGUCUCAGAAGUUCACGACGAUGCUCCUUAAUAGAUCUCGAGAUGGUGGUCCACGUUUACCGUUUUUUUCUUUAAAAGAAAGACCAUUUUACUACAAUGAUCAGUGCUCUUAUCCACGAUGGAAGUGUUUUAUCAAAGGAAUUAGUACAACACACGUUAUUAUCACAAUUUUACCUGCAUCAGAAAAGGAUGUACGUUUAUUUAAUUCAUCUACACAUGUCGAGGAUUUCUUCGUGAGCAAUAACUCCGAGAAAAAUUACAAAUCUUCUGGUAAAUUUGGUACAUUUAGAUCUGGAGAGAAUGGAAACUUUCAAACUUUUGAAGAAAAUCGUGUUAUUCCUGUUUAUAUUUACGAUUGUUCACUAGCCUCGUUAAUUGAUACAUUGACCGAUAAAUCAAAAAUAUUGCAUAAUAAGGAUAUAUAUCAAGAUCAUACAUUUCGGCUUGGACAACAGGACGGUAAAGAUUUUGUUGAAUUAAAAUUUGGUUGUAACUCGAAACCUUCUUCCCCGGAAUCAAAAAGUGAUGAUUCUGAUAACACCGCGAGUGAUCAACGAAGUCUCACGGAACAUUGUAAACGAGUGAGUUUGGCGCACUGUCAUUGUUACGUUGUUGCUGUAUAUAAAUCAUUAGUAUUGCAACAUCCUCUUAGUUACGAAGAUAUGGAAGCCGCUGUAGAACAGUGCGAGGAAACAUUAAUUGAAAUUGACAUAACAAAUUAUUUACGAUGCGUAUGCAGGCAUUUAAGUAAAUUAUCAGAGAAAGAUACAUUAGAUCAGUUGGAAGAUUCGGCAUGCAAACAUGUUGAACAAUUACAUGAUUUAAUUAGGGACAAAUUUGAGAAAAUAAUGACAGUUGCAUUUGGGCCUGUGCCCGCACAUCCUGAAUUCUAUUACUGUUCUCCAACUUGGAUGGGUCAUAAAAUGGAUCUCCUUGAACUUCAAAAAUCAGACAGUGAUGAUGAAAUAGAAAAUGUCAUUUUUCGUCCAAUAAAUAUUGAUUCCACGUCGCACAAUCAUCACAAAAAAGUUCAGUCGGAAAAUUUAGUGUGGCCUGCCAGAAGUACACACAGAAUAUCAAGCCAGGACUCUGUCGAAUAUUUAUCAAAUGAUUUGCAAGAAGAAAAUAUUUAUGAGAAGGAACAACCCCUUUUUUUGCAAUUAAGUUGUUCUAUUCGAUUCCAAUCCAGAUCCGGUCUUAGUACUGUGCCAGUAAAAACUCUGCCAACCUGUUUUAUGGAAAUCUUACAAAAAAUGGAAGAUUAUAAAAAUAAAAGUAUAGCAGGUGUAAGUCCGAGUGAUCUAAAAAUUACUUUGGAUAUAAUCUGUUUAAAUUUACCAAGAGAAGUAUUAGAAAUAAAUCUGGAGCGCUACUCUGGCUUACGUACAACGUCAUUUUGUAGUGGCUCUCCCAUUAGCAGUUUGCGAACAGAAAGCGGAAGUAGUUCUGAGAAUAACACUAGAAAUGAAUUUUUCCAAGAAAAAAUGUCUCAUCUUCCUUUAAAUCAACAUAGCGCAAUAAACAAUUUGAAAGAUGAAAUCGAAUGGCUUCUACAAGACGAAACUGCCACCGCCCUAUUGGACCGACCUUCUGUCAAUGAAGAAAUUUUGAAAUUUGUCGCAAAUCACGUUUCAGAAUCUUCAGACAGAUUUAGUUGUAAAUUAGAAAAAGUUCCAUUGCAUUUUGUUUUCCCCUCAGAGGACAGUAAACCAAAGUUUCUAAAUGAAUUGAAAAAACUUGAAAUUGAUAAAUACCGUAUUCAGCAAGAAGGAAAGCUCUUUUAUUUUGUAAAAAGCAUGGAAUACAUACCGACUAUAGUAACGCAAAUGGAUUCGAGCAAUGACAGAGAAGAAACAAAAGUCAGGCAUGGUAAUACCGUAGAUAGUACAGAGAAGAAAAAAUUACACACAAGUAAUGAAACUGAAAAUGAAACUCAACACAAUUCUGAAACUGAUAGUAAAAUUGAAAAUUAUGGAUUUGAAGAUUCUAAUAUGACAGAAAGAAUAUUUGAAUUAAAUGAUACACAUAAAGGACAAUGCAAUUCAAAACAGGGUUUUCAAUGGCUAAGAGAUCUUGAUAAUCGUGAAAAUUUUUUACCGAAUUUCUGGUUAAUUUUGAAAGUAGAAAGUGAUUAUGUCAAUGUUUAUUUUCACUGUAGGUUCUUAGAAAUUGCAUCGGCAGAAGUAAGCAGUUAUUGGCAAACUCAGAAGACAUUAAUUAGUCAAAUAAAAAGUACUUGCCGUCAAGUGAAUCAAUAUUUACUUUUACAAAAUCUUCACAAGACCAGUAAAUGUUCAGAGCUACUGGAAACUGAAACAACCGAAGACUUCAACUGGAAAUCCGAAACAACAAACGAGUUUAACAGUAGUAUACAGAAUAGAGAUUCAGCACAAAAUUUCGCUCCUGGUAUGUUCCGAUGUAGGGUAGUCUGGGAGUUUACUUUUCGAUUACAUCCUCGAUUGAAAACUGGACCUGGUAGGUCCGGGCUCUCGCGGGGUAUAAAAGCAUUACACGGAGUGUUAAACAGAUUUGCCGUAACUAAUCGUAGCAACAUGUUCGUCUACCAAGAAAAUAAUAAAAAUGUAUUUUACCUAAGACUUCACGAACAAAUAAGUGAUGGCAAAAUGUUACAGAACAAGCUAUCAGAAAGCGAUGAAAAACUUGUCGUUUCUCGUAGCAAUAGCGUAAUUUCACUGUCGCAGACAAAAUUAAGUGAUAAUGCCAUGGUGAAUGACACACGGCCUAGAGUUCGAUCUUUCAGUGAAAAAGAAUCGAACAUCUUGAACAGAACUGAAGAUUCGAUUGUUUUAAUGGUACAUGGAAUAUCAGACGCUGGACCAGAAGUUAAACGCGAUUUAGUGCAAGUUUUACAAAAUCGUCUGGAUGAUGCAGUAUUGGAAGUCUUAUCCGUUAUGUUAGCAAGAAAUCCAAUGUGUAAACUAACUCCUGACGAUGUUCAUUUCAUACAACCACCAAAGCCACCGGAGUGUAUAAUAAAGUUGUGUAUAGAAAAACAUUGUAUACCAUACAUUGGGGCUCUAGAAUUUUAUUUACGACAAAAUAUCUUACAAUUUCUGUACAUACCGAAGUAUACCGAUAACAAGGUAGAUUGUCACUUUCAAGAUUAUUCACAGAUUGAAGGAUCGACAAGACGUGUUGCCGAAACAGAUAUUUUCUUAUACAAUCAAAGUCACUCCAGUGGUAGUAAAGGAAUCGCUUGUAUAGCAUUUGCUAUUACUGACGAUGGUGGAGAACCGAUUAAAUCAUUGGAUAGGGAAUUAGUAGAAAAUGGUUUCCCAGAGAAUAUAAGGGAAGAUGACUUUGAAAAUAUUGUCGCAACGUCAGUUUUUGAUAAAAAGUCAACUGUUUCAUCACCCUUGAUUGAAUUCAAGAUUUGGAAACAGGGCAGAGUCAAUAUCGAAGCUUUGUUGCAAAAAUUGUGCUCCACAGUGAAACAUGCUAUUUGGGAUUUAGUGACAGAAUAUAAAUUUUUACCAACACCUUUGACAGAACCAUUACUAAAUGCUACAAAAACACAUAUGGAAAACGCAAACGCAGAGACGUCAACUAAAUCCGACAUAUCACAGAGGAUAGUUCCAGAUUUGUCGAUUAACCGAUUUGAAACAGGCGAAGAUGGAAAAUUACAUUUUAUUUAUUGUGUGACAUUUUCUCAGUGGUUCCGUUUUGCCUUAGAAAUUGGAGUUCCGUCGGUGAAGAAACAUGAAGUAAAUAUUUAUCACAGACAUUCUAUAGCUACUAUUGUUAGAGAAUUAGAAAUUCUUAUCCAGAGUCAAGCGCCUGACACGUCAAGCAGAGCUUUUGUUUUGAAAGAUAAACAACCUUUCACUGAAAAAUUCGUUUUAAAUGAUGAAACAACAAACAAAGAGAAUGACUGUCUUGAUUCAAAACAUGAAGACAAUUCGAACCUGCCUCAUUACGUACCCUGCGAUUUUAAUAAAGAUGAACAAGGAACAUAUACAAAAUGUAUUUUAAUAGCUAGAAACUUUUGUCAGUGGAAAGCUUCCUUCGACGAAACAGUACAGUCAGAAGUAUUUGUCCCAAAAGAUCAAAAGGUAUUACAAAAGUUUAAUCCGUUGAUAUUGGAAUCAAGUUUUGUAUCAAGACAACGAAUAAUACUUGCUAAAAUUCGAAAUGAUAAGAUUACGCUUUAUAUGUACAACUGGUCUAAGGAAAAGUCUGAAAAGCUAAUGAAACAGGCUAACAGUUUGGGAACAUGGCUUUCUUCAAGAUCUAAUUUUUUUAGGAAUAUAUUAAUGCAGAAGUUAGGAAUAUUUCAUCAUCGACCAAAUUUAACAAGAGAAACAAAUUCGCAUUACUUCCAGAUUACGGAUACAGAUAGUCUAACCAAAUUUUCUUCUACGGCACACAACGAUGAUAAAGAAUGGACAAGAUCAAAUAAUAGAGUACAAAGCAUAAAACACAAUCAGUUCUCAUGGAACGAAGUGCUUGGUCAAACGAUGCGCGAUGUAAAAUCAAAUAGUUGUUUACAUAAUAACGGCGAUCCAGUUGCAAAAGCAGUUUACGAUUUGCAAGAAUUACGGGCUCGUGAAAAGAAAGUGAAAGACGAUUUAAAUAAACUGUACGUAAUGUGGCAAAAUCGUAGUGCUGCGCCAAAUAUUCCAAUUUCAAUCAGUGCUUUGAAUACUUCCAAACAACAUUCUCGUUUGAUACAUUUCUGUCACACGCCAUUGUUAUUUUUACCUUCAUGGCGUUUGCAAUCUGCAGCGACAAGAGAUCAUUCAUUAGCAACACAGUCUCCAUUGAAUACAAAUACCACUGUCCAUCAACAAUUGCCGCAACAAGUACAACCAAAUCAAAGUAUGCAAACAGAUAUGGUAAAGUGGCACCAUGAAUUGUGUAGUUUGAUGUUAUCUGAAUACAAACAAUACCUUCAAAUAAUGGGAUUUAAUCCGGUUCAAAUGGAAUCACUUACUAAAGGUAAUGAAAACCAAACACAGCAACAAUCCUAUUAUCUCAAAAAAUCUAUGUUGGGAGGAGUACUGCUGUUUGAGAUUUAUUUCUCUCAACCAUUUUUUAUAGUCAAGUUACAUAUUAUUGAGUGCAAUCGACUUCAGACGAAAACAACUAGCGCGUUGGUUAAUCAGUUUCUAUUAAGCUUCGUGGAUGCUUGUGACAAUAUUAAGAUUAAUAUGCAUCUGCAUUCGUUUACAUAUGAUUUUCACUUACGUUGCAUCCAUUCGUACAUUGCUGGAAACGGAUCUUGGUCGUUGCAACAAGGCUACCAUCUUAUUCAUUUCCUUGACGAUUUUAAUAAAUAUUAUAGUAAAGCGCCAAAUUACGCAAGGAAUCUUAUAUAUAGUGAUAUAGUGGCAAUUCGUAAUUUGACAAUACCUGGCCGCAUAUUGUAUUCUUACUUACUAUCCCACGAGAAAAACUAUAAUAUGCAGGUAUUUGAAAUGAAAUGCGAUCAUCAAGAUUCUCACGAAUUCGAAUACGUUUUAGUGAACUUAGAAAAUACACCUUCCAUCAGUUACUGUGAUGGUCAAGAUAUAAGAUACACCGAUGAUUUCGAUGUUGCAUUAAUCGUAUCGUAUUUAGAGCAACCUGUGCAAAUCGAAAAAACAGGAAUUACAUUAAAAUAUUAUUUAAUGUUAACGAGUAAGAGGGAAUUAUAUCCAAAAAAAGAAGUGGAAAAUAAUAAGCUCGGAAAAUUCCGGACUGUAUACAACAUUGAGAAACCUGUAGCAAGUACUUCGGCGGAAUCAAAGUCUGAUACAAACAAUUUUAAGAAGGAGAUUUUAAAAGAAUUCUCUUCGGAUUGCUUCGAACGUGAUCAAGAUAUAAAUGACAAAAAAAGUGAUUCUAGAGUAUCGAGUAUUAAUUUUAGUACUGUUAAUAAUAGUGCAAGUGCACCUACGCCGCCACCAGUGCCGAAUUCUCCAUUGACGCAAAACACAAAUCCCCCAAUUAUCCCGAUAAAUUCAUCGUCGCCACGUAUGAUUCAAAUACGACAAGAAUCAAUCAAUUACUUGGGUUAUUACUCCUCACACGAGCAGUUAAUGCAACAGACAAUAAUGUUUCGAGCAAGUGAAGCUCGUAAUCAUAUAUCACGUAUGAUAGAUCGAGGAACGUUGCAGUGCAAAACGCAUCUACUCUGGAAUAAACUGUUGGAAAGUAAAUCCACAAUGAAUUAUACGGAGUUUGCUGAACUCUGUUCUUUGGCCCAUGUGGAACCGUUAUCAUAUUUAGAUCCCAGACUAAAACCGCUAAUUAAUCAACCAGUUUCAUGGUAUCAAACUUUGUCCAAAGUUUUACAAAAUAAAUAUCAAGAUCAUCAUAAGCAGUUCAAUACACCAGAUGGAAAUAUCACGCAUCUCCUUAUAUUACAUCCAAGCUCCUUUCAAGUUUUUAUGAUGCUAACUAUAGAUUUACAUGCUUCAAAAGGAGCUUUGUAUGCAGUUUACUGCAAGUCAAAGGAAGCAAUUAAUACUGGCUGCUGCAUAGAAGACAUUUAUAGUUUAAUUGAAGGUUUUGUAAAUGCGUGUUGUUUUCACUUGUGGAUGAGUUUAUACAAUUAGCAGCAAUAUAGAUGUACAGAAAUGAAAUUCAAAGAAAUGUACAAUUUAUAUUUAUCUACAUUGUAAAUUUGUUUGUUGUCCACUUACUAAAGUUUACUUUUAGAUAUUACAAUUCUUAAUAAUUGCUAAGAAUUUUAUAAUUCUGCAUUUUUGUUAAAUGUAAUUUGUAUAAAAGAAUAUAUUUUCUUGUUAGAAAUA